UUAAACCAAGAGAAGAAGAAGAACAAGGUCAAAGAUGGCGGCGCGCGUUAAAGGAUUCGAUAAACUCAACCUUUCGCUGAGGUUAUGUCGAAAUGUGUUGCUUCAGAAUGAACGGUUCUUGUCGACGUCCGCGUGUCUUCGUGGGACCAGCGAACCUCCUAAAUUCGUGCCUCCAUCCAAACCCGUCAUCAUAGAUAAGGAGCAGACCGUGGAGUCUCGGAGGAAGUUUCUGAGCCCAGAGUUCAUCCCUCCCAGACAGAGGACUCUUCCUUUUAAGUUUCGUCUAGAGAGGGCGGACAUGGUCCGCAGGCGGAAAGUGCUGAAAAUCCCCGAGUUUUACGUUGGAAGUAUCCUUGCCGUGACGAUGGCCGACCUCUAUGCUAGCGGGAAAACAAACCGCUUUGUCGGCAUCUGUAUCCGGAGGGGCGGGAGCGGGCUGGGGGCCACRUUUAUUCUGAGAAACAUCAUUAAUAAUCAAGGUGUUGAGAUGAACUACGACCUGUACAGUCCUCGCAUCCAGAGUAUUGAAGUGCUGAAGCUGGAGAAAAGGCUGGAUGAUGAUCUGAUGUAUCUGAGAGACGCUCUGUCUGAAUACAGCAUGGUGGACCCAGAAAUGAAGCCGGUGCCCAUCCCUACUACUGGAGAUGUCCCUGUCAACAAGCUUAAAGUGGUAAUGCGCCCCAGGCCGUGGUCCAAACACUGGGACUGGUCCAAGUUCAACAUCCAGGGCAUCCGGUUCGACCUCUGCAAGUCGAUCAAGGCGACGGCGAAAGCCAAGAAGCAAGAGCGUCCCUGGCUGGAGUACGACAUGCUGAAAGAGUACGACACGUCCGAGCUGGAGGAGAGGAUCUACGAAGAGGUCCAGCAGGAGAUGAAAAAGUGAGGCAGACCCCUUCAGGAGUUCACUCAUGAGAAAAGACUUUUUUAUAUAUAUAAAACAGGCAAUGGCUGAAAAUGUGUGUGACGGCUGAAAAACUGAGGCUAAUAAAGAACGUCUGUAUUAUCGUGGA